AUGACUGUAAAAGUGAUUCGGUGGGGAAUCCUAGCUACGGGAAAUAUCGCGCAAACAUUCACGAAAGAUCUCUUGGUUGACCCUGCGACUCGCGAUGUAUACACAGUGAAGCAUACUGUCGUGGCUGCAGCUAGCUCUUCAGGCGUUCAGCGUGCUCGAGAAUUCCUUGAGCAAGUCAAGGCUCCCCCAACAGCAAGGCCGUACGGUUCUUAUAUCGAUCUCGCUCAAGAUCCGGACGUCGACAUAAUCUACAUCUCCACACCCCACUCCCAUCAUUACCAGAAUGUCAGACUCUGUCUCGAAGCUGGAAAGAAUGUUCUAUGCGAGAAGGCUUUCACAGUCAAUGCGGUGCAGGCGAAGGAACUCGUUCGUCUAGCUCGGCAGAAGGACCUCUUCCUCAUGGAAGCCCUCUGGACUCGCUACUUUCCCUUGUCGAUCUAUGUCCGUGAUACCAUCACUUCUGGAAAGCUGGGCACCAUCAUCAGGGCCUUUGCUGACAACUCUUUGAAUUUCGAGCUAGAAAAGAACUUCCACAAGGAGCACCGUAUGGUUAGCCCCGACUUGGCAGGUGGCGCCCUUCUCGACUCAGGGAUCUAUGCAUUAACCUGGAUAUUCCAAUCUGUAUACACGACACAGCCCGGGGACACUUGUAAGCCACCUCGAGUGUUGUCCAGUGUACGGAAAUAUGGAGCUACAGGUGUCGAUGAAGCAGCCACUAUUCUGCUUAGCUUCCCACGCGACGCCCAGUUGGGUGGGGAUAUACAUGCUAUUGCAACCACCAGCUUCCUUGUGUCAAACAAUAUUGACGGCAAAGGAACGAGCGGGCCUGCUGUUCGCAUACAGGGCCAGAAUGGUGAAUUACAAGUGUGGCCACCACUCUGGCGACCUAAUCGAACAAGACUUAUCCUUGCCGAUGGAACUGUUGAAGAUAAGACAUUCCCAAUACCUGGCCCCGGUAAGGGGAGUGGCUGGUAUAACGGCUAUCCUCUGGUUGGCAUGAAUUCUGAGGGUGAGGGAUAUGGUAUGUUCUGGGAAGCAGACGAAGCAGGGAUGGCACUUCUAGAAGGCAGGAAAGAAGGAAUAUACGAAAGCUUAGACGAGUCUGUCGUAAUUAUGGAGGUUAUGGACGAGGUCCGCAAGCAGUGUGGAUUGGUUUAUCCGGAGAACAUCGAGAGCACAGUGGCGACGGAGUUGUAA